AUUACAAUAUCACUAAUAUUCAUUACAAACUAUAUGGAAAACCAAUUUUUGAAAUUCCCCGCCAUUUCAAGUCAUUAAUAUUCAUUAGAUUCUGUGUACCGUCCUGAAUAUAAUAACUUCCUGUUUUAAUUUGGAACUCCUUUAUAUACACAACAGAGAUGGAGGACCCUUUCUUCUCUGUUCUUCUGUACAACCGGAUGCUUGAGAUAGUGGGAUGUGAAGAAGAAAUAGCUAUGAGAAGAACAGAAAUAGAUAUCUGUGACUAUCUUUACAAUCAAAUGUCCUGUGUGGCCUGUCACAGGAGAAGUGCUGGCAGUCACAGGGAGGGGCUACGCAUGACAGGCUCCGAUGUGGAUAUCAUGUACUACCCAACAAACCACCAUGUUAUCUGGGACUUAGCAGAUGCACACUACUACAAUCCUACCACAGAAACCACCAUUCUUAUGGAGUACCAAGAGACUAUUCCAGGGACAGUCUUUCUGCGUCUAUUGAACAUGCACCCCACAAACAAUACCAUAACUAAACAAUCCUGUGUUCAAAGAGGGUCUCUGUCUUAUCUUAGUAGUAGGAAGUAUCUGGAAAAUGCUGAUAAACUUUAUUUUGGUCAGAAAGUUGUCAAGCAUGGUCCAUGCCAAACAAACACAGUGGCUGGCAAUGAAUAUGAUGGAGCGGUAGGGUUUGUUGGCAGAAAAUGGCCACCACAAGCUAAUGACUGGGUCUCUAGAGGUAUGCGAUUCAGGUGGCCUGAGAUAAAGGUCCUUGAAAACAUUGUCUUCUCUGGUUGUCACUUUGUGCCUGUUGGUAGCAAGCAGUCCCGACUCGAAAACGGCCCAAAUCUGGACUAUGAGUGGCGCAUAUCCUUUGUUCAAGCUGAACAAAAAUUAGUGUAUGCCAUGACUCAUUGUCAAUUUCUCUGUUACGCAUUAUUGAAAGUUUUUCUGACGGAAGUUCUGAACAAAAAUGUGAAAGAAGAAGACAAAUUAUUGUGUUCCUAUUUCUUAAAAACUGCUGUGUUUUGGGCCAUUCAAACUGACCCUGAAUUUCACUGGUCAAAGGAGAAUUUCUUCAGUUGUUUUUGGAAAUGCUUUAAACUGCUGCUGCAGUGGGUAUACACUGGGUAUUGCCCUAACUUCUUCAUUCCACAGAACAAUCUGUUUGUCUUCAAGAUUGUUGGUGCUGAUCAAGAGAAACUCUUUACACAAAUGUAUGAUCUCUACUGUGCCAGAGAGCAAAGUCUCGCCCAAUGCUCUUCUCUGAUGAAGAUGAUGAGCAAGGUUUUGAACAAUCCCAACAGACUUAUUCAUGAAUCAACAGAAGUCCACUUCGAUGAGUAUGACCAUGAUGCUGUGCUGCAACACACUUUGGUUUCUAUCAAUGCCCUUCAAAACCAAGAGCUCAAUUACGACAGGAAAGCAUUCUACAAUGUAACUCACAUGAACACAGGAAGCAUGUCCCUCACUGAAAAAGUUCUCAUUAAAAGACAUGCCCUGAAUGUGUAUCACCAAAUAGCAUUUAUAGAGCAAUUUAGCUGUAGCUGUGGAGUGAAAUGCAAGAGAAAUAGGCAAACUUACAGAGAGCACAAAACAGUUGGAUCCCGAUUACUAAAGCUAACAUCAGAGUUUGGGUGUGCUAGUGACAAUCUUUAUUUAGCACUGUUUCAAUAUCUUGAUGGUAAAUUCAAAUAUUCCUUAAACACCUUAGAAGAGGCAAAAACAAGACUUUAUCAAACACAUGUGUUCUACUGGAACGAAUACAAAAAUAAGAAGGCAUAUACCAGAGAAAUGUUGGGAAAACCGAUGACAGAGAAAAUGAAGGAAGCUAUGGCAUUUGAUAUUCACAUUCCACUACUCGCACAAUUCUGCGAGCUAGAUGUUGAGUUGUCUCUCCUCAUGAAAACAAGACAAAGAAGAGCUCUAAUAAUCUCCCCUUUUGUUUUCCAUAUGUUUCUUGUCUUUCUGUGUCACUACAGAGUAAAAAGUCAGCUAGGGGCCCGGUCCCUGCAGGAGUUACAUACCCUGGUUUCUAAUGACUGUGGCCAGUAUAUUGUCAGUCACACUCGGGACACUGCCUGGGAAAUCCUUGGUAUCUGUCAUCAGCUGGCUGGGAAUCUGGACCAAGCUCUACAGGCAUACCUCACUUCACUUAAACAAACGCCCAUCAACUUCAUAACGGAAGCAACAAAAAUGCGUGUAUUACUCCUCGGCAGUGAAAAUGAGACAGACAACAACUAGAGACAAACUCCUAGAACUUGUAUUAGCAGUGAUUUUUCAACAUUUUUCAAAAGGGUCCUGUGGUUUUCGAAUUGGGAAAACCUUAUCAUUAUUGUAAAUAUGCUAAAUAUUUCAUAUUAAAGAAGAAAUCAAACACAAAUUGAUGUCAA